AUGGCGCCGGAGGGGGAAACAAAGAGGCGGGUGGUGCGAAAAUUGACGAAGAGGAGGAAGGAGGGCCAUCAGGUCACUAUGGAGAUUCCGGAGCGGUUCAAGGACGGCGAGGACGCCGACCAUGACUAUACUAGUCUACAAGGCGGGAACGCCUAUAUGAACCAGUCUGUCUUUGGCAUGAUUGCUGCAGCUGGUUCCCAGGUCGAUUUCAAUGCUAGAUUCGAUGGACAAUCCUCGGACGAGGAGGAGGAUUCCACGGAACCUGAGCCCGAACCUUCAUCGCACCGGCCUUCUGAGCUGCAAGUGGAUAAGACGCGGAAGGGGAAGGGGAAGGACACUGCGAAGCCAGAGAAGCACCGGCGGAAGUUCUCAGAGAACAAGCUUCUCCGGUCGCUCCCACGCCUGAGUUCCAGAUCGAAAUCGAAAUCGAAUACCUCGCCGGAGGGCCCCGGCUCGCCUCCCCCAGAGUCUGCCUCUGAACCUACACCUCCUACAAUCCAGCUGUCUAAGACAGCCUCAAGAAAUCCGCCAGUUAUGAGUCGGAUGUUGGAAGCAAGGGCCGAAUUAUCCAUGAGACCAAGCUUUGACAUCUCCAGAUCUCUCGACGGCCAGGUUGAUGCCGAAGACAACGCGGGCCAGGGAUCCAGCAGUCUUGCCAAGAGACUCAUGGAGAUAUUCCAAUUUGAGAAGCCGGAGGAUGUAAUAGAAGAAUAUCCUUGCUGGCUUUUGAAGAGCGUAUUACUUCAAGGGUAUAUGUACAUUACCACCAAACAUAUCUGCUUUUAUGCGUAUUUACCAAAGAAAUCUAAUGAAGUUGUCAAAUCAGGAUAUCUCGCGAAAUCGGGCAGGCGAAAUCCAAAGUUCAAUCGAUACUGGUUCCGUCUGAAGGGUGACGUGCUAUCAUACUACUCAGACCCUUCAGAUUUAUAUUUCCCGGCUGGUAACAUUGAUUUGCGUUACGGAAUAUCAGCGCACAUUGCCGACAAAGAAAAGGGGAAAGAUGCUACGCAUUUCACCGUCGUCACCCACCAGCGCAAGUUAAACUUCAAAGCCGACAGCAUACCUAGUGCCAAGGAAUGGGUUAAGGCUUUGCAAAAGAUCAUCUUCCGCUCCCAUAAUGAAGGGGAUAGUGUUAAAAUAUCGCUGCCUAUUGAGAACAUUAUCGACAUUGAAGACAGUCAGAUCGUGGACUUUGCAGAUACCUGCAAGAUACGGGUAAUUGAUAAUGACGAGACAUAUGCGAUAGAUGAGUACUUUUUUUCUUUCUUUAGCUUUGGGAAAGAGGCCUUGAAUGUUUUAAGGAUAUUGGUGGAGGACACUACUGCACAGCGAUUUCCGGAGGAUAUGCUUGUUCCGCUACCCACAAAGGAUGGCAAGAAUAGUUCAAGGCCGAGCCUAUCUAGGCGGUCGUCGCAAAGAGAAAACAAACCCACACCUCCGCCGCCUAUCCGAACAGAUACGCCUCUUCUUGAAGAGAAUGUACGGGCCACUUUGUCGCCCAUGCGCUCUGCAGGAGUAUCCCCGAGCCGUCGCCCAAGUGGUGAUGUCAGUCGAUCAAGUUCUGAUAUCCUCCGACGAAGUAUGGAUCUCUCGAGGUUUGGAAGGCGAAGUGUGGAUCUUAGCAGGCUGAAUAUGGAUGGUGGCAGGCGGAGUAUGAGCAACAGCAGACGAAGCCUAAGCAGAAACCGCCUUCACGAGACGAGGCCAUCAGAACGGCAGGAAUCUUCAGACUCGUACGUCCAUUCUCUGGAAGAGCCGGGCUCGUCCGGUGCGUUACGAUCAGCGAGCGACGAGACCCAAGCUUCGGCUAGCCAGAUAUUAAGAGGAAGUGACGUCUUUUUAUCACCAACUAUCCAUCGCUCAGCUUCAGCCUCGCGCCGCCGGGACCCCGACUCUGCUCUUGUUAAUGAGACAGAUUCCGACUCGCUGUCGCGCAACACAAGGGACCGUACCACGCGCCCAAACCUACAACAUCCAGCUACUACCGGAUCUUUGGCAGGGUCUGCUACUGGCGAUGUGGAACCCUCUCAAACAACGCCAACGCUACAAAGCCUCGUCAAAGCUGGAUCAUACCCUUUGCAACGCGCCGCAGGUUUUGCGGGCUAUCUCAACCGUCAUUCAAAGCGCAUGAGUACCCUUCUAGCUACGGAAUCGAUGGGCUACGUUGAGAAGGUGUCUGGGAUGUGGAAGGGGGGCAAGAAGCAUUAUGAUGAGCCGCAAGGCCUUGCACCCGAUGACGAUCUCGACGGUGAUGGGGAAGAUGAUCAAGCUGCCAUCUCAGGAGACCGAUUCCGCGACCAUUUUGCUCUUCCUGCGACCGAAAAAUUACAGGCUGCUUACUUUGGGUACUUGCAUCGUGUCUUGCCCUUGUACGGCAAGAUUUAUAUCAGCGAUAGAUCGUUUUGUUUCCGCAGCCUUUUGCCGGGUACUCGAACAAAACUUAUUCUUCCACUAAAGGAUAUCGAGAACGUGGAUAAGGAAAAGGGGUUCCGCUUUGGAUAUUCUGGAUUAGUCGUCGUCAUUAAGGGCCAUGAAGAACUCUUCUUUGAAUUCAGUCAAUCGGAUAUUCGAGACGACUGCGCCGUUACCCUCCUUCAGAAUUUGGAAACCAUGAGAUACCUUAAGGAAUCUGGUCUAUUGACUAUGGAGGAGCAAGAGAGCGCAGAAAAUGCCAGCGCUGAGCAUAAAGCCCUUCAACAAGCACGCCAGGAGGAUCACAACGAGCAUGAGAUAAAGCUGCCGAAAACUACGGAAGGGCCGAAAGGCGAGGCGCCUCCGAUAUUAUUUGACGAUCCGCGAGCUUCGAUCCUAAAUUUUAAACCUACGGAGUCCCUUCGGAUCACAUGUUUGACCAUCGGAUCCAGAGGGGAUGUCCAACCUUAUAUUGCCCUAUGCAAAGGAUUGAUUGCGGAAGGCCAUAGACCAAAGAUAGCAACGCAUGUCGAAUUCAAGGAGUGGGUGGAAAGCCAUGGGAUUGUGUUUGAGCCAGUAGCUGGUGAUCCUGCCGAGCUGAUGCGGAUAUGUGUGGACUACGGGAUGUUUACCUAUUCAUUUUUAAGGGAAGCAUCCUCUAAAUUUCGAGGCUGGAUUGACGGGUUGCUCUCAACGUCAUGGCAAGCUUGCCAAGAUUCAGAUCUCUUGAUUGAGAGUCCUAGUGCGAUGGGCGGCAUUCACAUUGCAGAGGCAUUGGGCAUACCAUAUUUCCGCGCCUUCUCUAUGCCAUGGACACGCACACGAGCCUACCCCCAUGCCUUUGCCGUCCCCGAACACAAGAUGGGUGGCGCUUACAAUUAUAUCACUUACGUUAUGUUUGACAACAUCUUCUGGAAAUCUAUCGCAGGACAGGUCAAUCGAUGGAGAAAGAGGGAACUCGGGUUGCAAGCGACAAGUCUUGAAAAGCUGCAGCCAAACAAGGUGCCGUUCCUGUACAACUUUAGUCCAUCGGUCGUCAUACCGCCCCUCGAUUACAGCGAUUGGAUCAGGGUAACAGGGUAUUGGUUCCUUGAUGAGGGUGGCCAGGACUACAAACCAAAAAAGGAGUUGACAGACUUCAUCAAGAAAGCUCGCGAAGAUGGGAAGAAAUUGGUAUAUAUCGGUUUCGGCUCCAUUGUCGUAAGUGACUCCGCAGCCCUCACACAAACGGUUGUCAAAUCAGUCCUCAAGGCGGAUGUCAGAUGCAUCCUUUCAAAAGGGUGGUCGGACCGUCUCGACACAAAGGUAGCCGGCGAUAUUGAAGUUCCCUUACCCCCCGAGAUAUACUCUGUUAAACAGGUGCCCCAUGACUGGCUGUUCACGCAAAUCGACGCAGCAGCCCAUCACGGUGGUGCAGGCACAACCGGAGCUAGUUUAAGAGCUGGUCUUCCUACCAUCAUCCGCCCAUUUUUCGGCGACCAGUUUUUCUUUGGAUCCCGAGUUGAGGACCUCGGCGUGGGGAUUGUGAUCAAGAAGGUUAAUGUCAGUGUCUUCUCGCGAGCUCUAUGGGAGGCUACCAAUAGCCAGAGAAUGAUCGUCAAAGCCAAGGUACUGGGCGAGGCGAUCAGAGGUGAGGAUGGAGUAAACACGGCUAUCCAAUCAAUCUACCGCGAUCUCGAAUACGCGAAAUCGCUGAUCAAGAACCGGGAUGGCAAGGUUCCGGAUGAUACACUGGAGGACUCGGAGGAGAGCUGGACGUUUAUUGGAGAUGACAAUGACCCGGAGUUGAUUAAGCGUAUCCAGGACUGGGAAGCGAUGGCACAUUCUAAAACCGAGGGCGAGAGCGAUGAGGCGUCGGGGAGCAAAUCGAUGGGUGAUAGUACUACUACGACAUGA